CCGCCGCCAGACGCAGCAUGCAGGGCCCCCCCACCUUGGCGCUGGCCUGCCUGGCCCUGGCCGCGCUGCUCGGCCCGCCCGCCCAGGCGUGGUACAAGCAAGCGGCCGGCCCCAGCUACUACUCGGUGGGCAGGGCCUCGGGGCUGCUCUCCGGCGUCCGCCGCUCGCCCUACACGCGCCGCUCCGACGACGACAGCAGCGCCGAGGGCGCGCCCCCCGCCGGCCUCGCCGCCUUCCUCGUGGCCGAGCCGCGCCACAGCCCCGGCGGGCUGCGCAACAUGGCGGUGUGCGUGAAAGAAGUGGCUCCGGAGCUGCAGAGCUGCCAGCUGCUGGCCGGCGUGCCCAGCAUCAUCCAGUGCAAGGCCGAUGUCACCGUCUCGCUGGACCCCGCCGACUGCGCCGCUCCCUGACGG